AACUGAAUCAUCAAGUCCUCGCAUCUCUACUACAAAAAUAUUUCUGUGAACUCAAAUAUUUCUUCUUAAGAAAAACACAAAGAAAGAUCAACAUGGCAUUCGGAUUGUCUGGCUUUGUUCAGGGCAAGAAGGCUCUCCGAAGAUCGCUUUCAGGCAACAAAGAAGCACCUUUGAAGUCUGCAACCAUUCCAAAAGGCUGCUUUGCUGUCUAUGUUGGAGAAGAUCAGAAGAAGCGUUAUGUAGUACCUCUUUCGUACCUAAAUGAGCCUGCAUUUCAAGACUUGCUGAGUAUGGCAGAAGAAGAAUUCGGAUAUGAGCAUCCAAUGGGUGGACUCACAAUUCCAUGCAGAGAAGACAUCUUCAUUGAUAUCACAUCUCAGCUGAAUUGAUUGUAAUAUGUAGCUUUGACAUAGAUUCACUAGAACACAAUUUUGUAGAUCAUAUACUUUUUGACUCUGAGAAACUAGUAAAUAGAAAUUACUCAUUUGAUUAAUA